GAGGAGCUUGCAGCAGAGCAGGAAGCUACAGAGCCGGGGCGCAGCAAUCAACAACAGCACUGCGCUCGGGAAUAUCUUCCUUCACCAUCAUGUAGCUUUUAGAGACAGGCCUAUUGCAGAUAGAAACUUCUAUAAUAGCUAGUAAAAUAGCGGAUGUGCAUUGUGCACAGGUUGAUGAGGAAUCGCAAGCUAGCUGGCUGGCUAGGCUAGCUAACUGCUCCAGGAAAAAAAUGAAGGAGGUGAAGGGUUGCGGUAUGCGGUCCUCUGUGGGCUUUCUGUCCCAGAGAAGGCUUUUCGGGGACCCGCUGAUGAAGGAAGAAUUCCAGAGGCUUCGGUUGGCAGGAUGCACAAGCCUUUACAAGAAAGAUAUGCUGGGACAUUUCGGGUGUGUAAACGCCAUAGAGUUUUCCAACAAUGGAGGGGAGUACCUUGUGUCGGGUAAGUUUGUAGCUCUAGAUCAUCCCUAGUUAGCAUAGUUGCUAACCUAGCAGCUAGUGUGUUGUUGACACAUUUCAGCUAACUAGCUAAGCUUGCACGUCAGAUUGCAAGCUUAGUUGGCUGGUCGAGCCAGCAUAUGCACAUUUGGCUCCCUGUUCAUCUAUUGCCAAACUGAAAGUUGUUAAUUAGGAGCAAGAAAACGCUGAAAUGUGCAGGUCAGGUUUUUACAUAGGUUUGGUUAGUUAGGUUAAAUCAUUUUGGCUAUCUAGGUUAGCAUGCUAGCCAGCAGACACAACUAGCUAGCUACACAGUUCUACAUUUCCUGCCCCUUCCUUUUGAAAUAGGCUGACAUUGGGUACCGGUAGGUAACUAGUUAUGGUUUUAAUAACGUUAUGCAGUUGGCUAACUAUGCAACUUUUAACCAGUCCCUUCCCCAUUCCAGUUUUGGUGUAGUAUAGGUGAGUUUGGAUUUAGAAGAGCAAUGGUUCUGGUGUGUUUCACAGCUGGUGGGCCUUGCAAGCAGAGUAAGUCCUCAGAGUGGAGUAGAACAACUUGGCCUGUGUUUACAAUGUCUUGUCUGUCCACCCAUCUCUAUCUCUCUCUGUUUUCUUUUCGCGCUCUCUCUUUCUCUCUCCCUCCUUCCCUCCCUGCCACAGGAGGGGAUGACCGCAGGGUGCUGCUAUGGAACAUGGAGAGAGCACUUCAUGCCCGCUCAGCCAAGCCUCUCAAACUGAAGGGAGAACACCUCUCCAACAUCUUCUGCCUGGCCUUCGACAGCACCAACAAGAGGGUGUUCUCUGGGGGUAAGAGGACAGACCAUCGCCCGUCAAUCUAUCAUUUAAUCAGUUUCAUUAGUUAACACAGAGUGGGACUUAGGGGGUGCGGUCGCUGACGUAAUUUUUUUUUUUAGAGGCCCUCCUGUUGGCUGCAGAGGUAACAUUUCCAAUUUUAAAGCAAAUUUCCUGCAAUUCUACACAUUUCCCCAUGGUUUAGGCUAUCUGAGUGACUCAAACAGUAUAACGAAAUCAAUGGGGGCCCCAUGCCAUGACAAAAAUACUCCUGAUUGCAUCAUUUUUGGAAUUUUUGUUUCUCCUUGACUGUCUACCUUUUUUGGGGGGUAAUUGUUAGUUCUCAAAUAUCUUGCAAAAAAAUAUAUAGGUCGAUUUAUCUUUUCUGCAUACUUUAUAUCUGGUUUUAGUUGGUUUAAGUUCACACUGAAAACGUUUUUCCAUCCCAACAAUUAUUCCCCCCCAAAAAAUAAAUAAAUGUUCAUAGGCAGCCCGAAAAAAUAUUUAGGCCGCUCACCCAAUACCCUGGACUUGAGUGAAUAGAUCAAGACUAUCUCUGGGUGGUGGCUACUAGCCGCUCACCCAAUACCGCUCACCCAAUACCGCUCACCCAACACCGCUCACCCAACACCGCUCACCCAAUCGGUUUGUGCCAUCUUGCCUACUUCUUGUCACUCUUGUGAAGGCAGCAUUUUAAGGAACCUUGGGAUUGGGACACACCAAUGUUAACGUCCUUCCUCAAAAGGCAGCAUUCUUGUCGAUUGGGACACAGCCAUUGUCAUGCCAAACAUUGACCUGCACAUUUUAUUAUUAUAUGAAAUAUUUUUAUUUUAUUAGAAUUUUAUUUAUUUUUUGUCAUAUAGCAGACACUCUUCUCCAGAGCGACUUACAGGAGCAAUUAGGGUUAAGUGCCUUGCUCAAGGGCACACCGACAGAUUUUUCACCUAGUCGGCUCGGGGAUUAGAACCAGCGACCUUUCGGUUACUGGCACUACGCUCUUACCCACUAAGCUACCUGCCGCCCUGUUUGGCAUAACAAUGACAUAUGAUUUGGCAAGAUGGCACAAACAGAUCUGUGUCUAGGCCAGGUGGCCGCUACUGGCUAUCUUGGGUUAGUGGUUCACUUCACAGUGAUCUGUAGAGGGCUUGAGUUACUUGACCUCAGCUGUUUAUAGAAAUAGAUAUGUUAUGUUCAGAAACCCCCAUUAGAAUUGAUGGCUAACACCACGCAUAACAAAUUCAAAAGCUGUGCUUAAUAGUUUGUCUUAACCAGACGUUUUUAUAUAUUUGUUGUGUAUCAGUAAUGUCACAAAUACUGCAAUGAAAAACAUGCAGUUGUUGACGUAAGUAUGUGCUUAACAGUAUGCAUCGCUUAUCAAUGUGUUCUGGAUCUUAUCUAUGAGUUGUGGAUGUGUCAUGCAGUCGUUCCUCACAUAGGUACCCUAAUACCCUUGAAAUAUAGUGUUUUCUAUUGGGGUUAGAUUUGGCAAGUGCUACCUUUUUUUUAUCUAGUUUCAUGUUUAUUUGUUGUCUCUUGUCUUGUUUUUAAAAGGCAACGAUGAACAGGUCAUCCUUCAUGAUGUAGAGCGGUGAGUAGGAUUAUUCAUCUUCAUCUAAUCAUCGUCAUCGUCAGCUGCGAUGUUGUACUUAUUGACUGACUUAGGCCCGUCGCUUCUUUAGGCGCGAAGGACGUUGACCACUCCUCUUCGUCACUGUCUGUUCUGUGCAGUCUUCUCCAGCUCGUUCCAGCCAAUGCCGGUUCUCCUUGUAUCUGCCACAAGGCUCCCCGCAAUGUUUACUCUGUCUGAAAUACUCCUCAGCACGGGUUGGGCGCAAUUCUAUUUUAAUUACAGUCAAUUCUGGAAGUACACUGAAAUUCUAAUUCUCUUCAAUGCUUUCCCAAUUUGGUUUACUUUGUGAAUUGAAAUGGUAUUGACCCCGACCCAGCUCCUCAUGCAUUUAGCUGCGGGUUAAUGUAUUAUUCACAAAUGAUAUGCUUUUGAAAUUACAACCCUGUCUCUAUCAGCGAGACAUUUAUGCAAACACCUGUACCAAUAGCAUAGUACUUAUAAUUCAUGCCCAAUACAUUUCUUAAUUCUAAGUGGUAUGCUAGUAUUAAUAUAUGGACAUUGGAACAUAGUCUUUUAAAAUAGAGAUGUCUUGUUGCAGAGGUAAGACCUCUUGUUUUUAUAAACCAAACAACAUUUAAAUACAGCUGUAUUCUGUUCCUCCAGGGGUGAGACUCUGAACGUGUUCCUCCAUGAUGAUGCGGUGUACGGCCUGUCAGUCAGCCCCGUUAACGACAACGUGUUCGCCAGCUCCUCUGACGACGGACGGGUCCUCAUCUGGGACACGCGGGAGCCGCCACACGGAGGUACCUAACAUACAUACAUGCAUGCAUACAUACAUACAUACACUACCAGUCAAAAGUUUGGACACUCCUACUCAUUCAAGGGUUUUUCUUUAUUUUUACUAUUUUCUACAUUGUAGAAUAAUAGUGAAGACAUCAAAACUAUGAAAUAACACAUAUGGAAUCAUGUAUUAACCCCCCAAAAAGUGUUAAACAAAUCAAAAUAUAUUUUUUAAUUUGAGGUUCUUCAAAUAGCCUAACUUUGCCUUGAUGACAGCUUUGCACACUCUUGGCAUUCUCUCAACCAGCUUCAUGUGGUAGUCACCAGGAAUGCAUUUCACAGUACACGUAUGUAUGCAUGCAUACACACGUAAUUUACCCUACUCCAUUUACAUGUGUGUGCAAAUUACUUUCAGAUUAACGAGUUCAUCUUGGAGCAAUGGUGUUUUUAAACAUUGAGGGCCUGGGCUGGUUUCCCACUUAACAUGGUGAUACCAAGAAAUAAGCUACACAAUGCGUUCAAGGGGAUUGGACUCAGUGUUUCUGCACAGAUCCUUGCUCAGGCCUAUCAUCUCAAACAAACGGACAAACUCUGCCCUACUAACCCACUUUCAUACGGGUACAAAUGACCUUCAGAUUAACCUGUUAAUCUCGACGCAGACAGACAGACAGUCUGUGUUUUGAAACGAUCAGGGCAGGUUUCCUGUACAACCCAGAUUAACCUACCCCUGGACUAGAAAGCAUGCCCAAUGGGAGACUCCAUUGAGAUGGUUUUUAGUCCAGGAAUAGUUUAAAUCUGGGUCCGGGAAACCAGCUCUCAAAUUAAAGUAAUCUGGGGGUCUGUAAACCCAGGUAUUUCUUAGACACAGAUUAAGACUAUUCCUGUAUUCAUUGUAGCUCCUUGACUGGUAGGCCUCUAUAUUGGUUUCAGGAGACUUGAUCUCAGUGUAUUACAGAAUGUGCAACAUAUUGCAUUAGGCUUCCUUACAUCAAUAACCGUUAGAUGAAACAUUUGAUUGAAGUUUGUGCUUCAAAAGCAAAAUCUUACCAUACAUAAUGUAAUCUGUCCCUCGGUGUUCUAGAGCCCUUCUGUCAUUGACUGAAUAUUUACAACAGCAGACUGUUUUCAGAAUAUUACUGUAUAUAAAGCUAUCAUUUCAGUGUAUUACAGUAUAUGAAACAUGCAAUAGGCCUCCCCCCCUGAUCAAUAACCAUGUCAUCUGAGUUAAAUGUCCUUCCCCUGUGUGUUUCAGAGCCGUUCUGUCUGGCCAAUUACCCGUCAGCCUUCCACAGUGUGAUGUUCAACCCGGCAGAGCCCCGACUGCUGGCCACAGCCAACUCCAAGGAGGGGGUGGGGCUUUGGGACAUCCGCAAACCUCGCACGUGAGACAACAUGGACGCCGUUAACUGUCACUAUUAGAACUUCAGAACCUAAAUACAUUUUACAUUUUUAACACUCUUCACUCUUAGAACUUUCAGGCCGUAGUCCAGCAUCUGUCUGACCCAAUUUGUCCACCAGAGGGCACUUUUGUUUUAUUAUUAAAUCGUUGCUUCUAGUGUUGCACGGUAUCCCGGGACCACUGUAAUAUCAUGGUGCCAAAAACGUCAUGAUACUUAUGAUACCAACGUUUUAGAAUAUCCUAGUACCGUUUCAUAUGAUACUACCGACUUUUUCCAGCCCUACCGAUCUAAAGAACCUGCUGGCGCCUGUUAAUAAAAUGUUUAUAGUCAGUUUUGUUUAUCAAUUUAAUUUAAGCGAACAGUCACUAGUCUCCUUGUAUGAGCAGGUCCAAUAAUAUCCACUUCACUUCCAUGCGCAUAUCACCUGUGGCAGCUGUAAUCAGCCAGCUGCAUCCCCUACCAGACCUCACUCACCUGCUUCUCUCUGAGUCUGUUCUUCACGGAGCUUUUCCUCCGUCAGUAAAAAUAAAAUAAUAUAUUAUUUAGUCAUGAUAGGGAGCGGGGAUCCAGACCAAGACCCUGAUGAGUCUUCUGUUGCUAGAUUUGUACACGUGUUACGUUGGAGCAGCGCGCAAAGCCAGCAAUGUUAAUACAUUGUAUGAUUUCAUCGCCUGUUAUAACCAAGAGCACAGACCGGUCUGAGUAGAUUUUGAAAGUUCACUGUCAUGUAGCCUCUGAGUGCCAGAGAGGGGAGAUGGAGCACCGCUCGCUGCUUUACAGCAAAGAAAACGGCUCUUCUCUAACCUAAACGGUUCAAUAAAUAUUGUAAUUUAAUUUUAAUAUGACCCAUAUUACCGGGGGAUUUGCGCGCAUUUGAUAUAAUUUCACAAACCAUGUCAGGGGCCGUUUUUAAACUGUUACCUAGCUAGCUAACAACCUGGUGACUUGACGGCUAAUUUGAUUUGACCAGGAAGUAAGGACAAGGAUCUGCUACUCAUGAGAUGUGCUCCAAAAGGUUGGAUUCAUAGAGGCCUAAUGGAAGACUAACUACAGUACCAGUCAAAGGUUUUGACAUUCAGGGUUUUUCUUUAUUUUUACUAUUUUCUACAUUGUAGAAUAAUAGUGAAGACAUCAAAGCUAUGAAAUAACACAUAUGGAAUCAUGUAGGAACCAAAAAAGUGUUAAACAAAUCAAAAUAUAUUUUACAUUUGAGAUUCUUCAAAGUAGCCACCCUUUGCCUUGAUGACAGCUUUGCAUGCUCUUGGCAUUCUCUCAACCAGCUUCAUGAGGUAGUCACCUGGAAUGCAUUUCAAUUAACAGGUGUGCCUUCUUAAAAGUUCAUUUGUGGAAUUUCUUUCCUUCUUAACGCGUUUGAGCCAAUCAGUUGUGUUGUGACAAGGUAGGGGUGGUAUACAGAAGAUAGCCCUAUUUGGUAAAAGACCAAGUCCAUAUUAUGGCAAGAACAGCUCGAAUAAGCAAAGAGAAACGACAGUCCAUCAUUACUUUAAGACAUGAAGGUCAGUCAAUACGGACAAUUUAAAGAACUUUGAAAGUUUCUUCAAGUGCAGUCGCAAAAACAAUCAAGCGCUAUGAUGAAACUGGCUCUCAUGAGGACCGCCACAGGAAUGGAAGACCCAGAGUUACCUCUGCUGCCGAGGAUAAGUUCAUUAGAGUUACCAGCCUCAGAAAUUGCAGCCCAAAUAAAUGCUUCAGAGUUCAAGUCACAGACACAUCUCAACAUCAACUGUUCAGAGGAGACUGUGUGAAUCAGGCCUUCAUGGUUGAAUUGCUGCAAUGAAACAACUACUAAAGGACACCAAUAAUAGUAAGAUACUUACUUGGACUAAGAAACACGAGCAAUGGACAUUAGACCGGUGGAAAUCUGUCCUUUGGUCUGAUGAGUCCAAAUUUUAGAUUUUUGGUUCCAACCGCCGUGUCUUUGUGAGACGCAUAGUAGGUGAACGGAAUAUCUCCGCAUGUGUGGUUCCCUCCCUGAAGCAUGGAGGAGGAGGUGUGGGGGUGCUUUGCUGUUGACACUGUCCGUGAUUUAUUUAGAAUUCAAGGCACACUUAACCAGCAUGGCUACCACAGCAUUCUGCAGUGAUACGCCAUCCCAUCUGGUUUGUGCUUAGUGGGACUAUCAUUUGUUUUUCAACAGGACAAUGACCCAAAACACACCUCCAGGCUGUGUAAGGGCUAUUUGACCAAGGAGAGUGAUGGAGUGCUGCAUCAGAUGACCUGGCCUCCACAAUCCCCCGACCUCAACCCAAUUGAGAUGGUUUGGGAUGAGUCGGACCGCAGAGUGAAGGAAAAACAGCCAUCAAGUGCUCAGCAUAUGUGGGAACUCCUUCAAGACUGUUGAAAAAGCAUUCCUCAUGAAGCUGGUUGAGAGAAUGCCAAGAGUGUGCAAAGCUGUCGUCAAGGCAAAGGGUGGCUACUUUGAAGAAUCUCAAAUAUAUAAUAUAUUUUGAUUUGUUUAACAUUUUCCUGGUUACUACAUGAUUCCAAAUGUGUUAUUUCAUAGUUUUGAUGUCUUCACUAUUAUUCUACAAUGUAGAAAAUAGUAAAAAAUAAAGAAAAACCCUUGAAUGAGUAGGUGUGUCAAAAAUAUGUAUUACUGGUGCUCCUUAAGGUGCAUAACGUUUUUGAAGUUGGAGGAGUGUGUGUUUGUGUUUGAGAGUGACGGAGACAGAGAGGGAGGGUAGAGUGUCUGUGUUAACUGAACAGUAAAGAAGGUUUCAUGCAGUGUUUUCCCCUUACUGACACAAUGACAUGCAGAUCAUUAUGCAUGUAUAUUCCUCCAGCCAAAUCACAGGUAGGCCUUUGCAAAUAUGAACAAAUCAGCCAUUCUUUGCAGCAUUCUAUUAUACACUGAAGGAGUGUGAAGUUAAAUGCAAUCUGUUGUAUUGAGUAGAAGUGUGAAUUUCAAUGAAAGGUUUUUAGUAUCUGGGGGGACAGGGCGAACAGGAUGCUAGGAAACUGAUUUCUUUCCACCGUGGUAUCUCGAUACUACUCGGUAUCAUGAUACUUGUCCUGGUAUCAUAUCGUUUGUAAGAUGUUGGUAUCGUGACAACACUAAUUGCUUCCAUUCCUAGUACAGUGUACAGUCAGCAGCAAGCAGUUUAGCAGUUAAACCGGCGGGCUCCGGUGGCAAUAAAUUAAUGAAACCUAAAGCUUACCUUGACUUGGAAGAGUUCCAGUCUUGGAUAGCUAGCUGGCUAACAUAGCAUCCCUAUCUGUUUGCUUCUAUUCUGACCAUAUAACACUGAAACUGCCUCUAUAUGUAAUCAGACUAAUUACCCUCCUUUGUUUUACUGCUCUAUCUACGAACUUUAUAUUAUUUAUUUAUGCAUCGUUUAUCAAGCCCUUUUUACAUCAGCAGCUUUCACAAAGUGCUUUAACAGUCUGCCUAGACCCCAAAGAGCAAUACUUUUUCCUUUCCUUCCUCUCAUUUCUCUUCCUUUCUCUCUCCAUCCCUCCCAGUUCUCUGCUGCGGUACGGUGGCAGCAUGUCCCUCCAGAGUGCCAUGUCGGUGCGUUUCAACAGCACGGGGACCCAGCUCCUGGCCCUGCGUCGCAGGCUACCCCCAGUCCUCUACGAGCUACACUCACGCCUACCCAGCUUCCAGUUCGACAACCAGGGCUACUUCAACUCCUGUACCAUGAAGAGCUGCUGCUUCGCUGGAGACGAGGACCAGGUGAGAUAGACCCUGUUGUGCGUGGAAAAGCCCAGGAGGGUGGCAGUUUCUGAGAUUUGGCUUGGCACCUAAAACCCUCACAAACUUUUACAGAUGCACAAUUGAGAGCAUCCUGUCGGGCUGUAUCACCGCCUGAUACGGCAACUGCACCACCCUCUGGAGAGCCCUGCGGUUGCGGGCGGUGCAGUUGCCGUAUCGGGCGUUGAUACAGCCCGACAGGAUGCUCUUAAUUGUGCAUCUGUAAAAGUUUGUGGGUUUUAGGUGCCAAGCCUAAUUUCUUCAGCCUCCUGAGUAUGAAAAUGUAUGCACUCACUAACUGUAAGUCGCUCUGGAUAAGAGCGUCUGCUAAAUGACUAAAAUGUAAAUGUAAAAAAAGAGGCUCUGUUGCGCCUUCUUCGCCACACUGUCUGCGUGGGUGGACCAUUUAAGUUUGUUAGUGAUGUGUACACCGAGGAACUUUAAGCUUUCCACCUUCUCCACUGCGGUCCCGUCGAUGUGGAUAGGGGGGUGCACCCUCUGCUGUUUCCUGAAGUCCACGAUCAUCUCCUUUGUUUUGUUGAUGUUGAGUGAGAGGUUAUUAUCCUGGCACCACACUCCCAGAGCCCUCACCUCCUCCCUGUAGGCGGUCUCGUCAUUGUUGGUAAUCAAGCCUACUACUGUUGUGUCGUCUGCAAACUUGAUGAUUGAGUUGGAGGCGUGCUUGGCCACGCAGUCAUGGGUGAACAGGGAGUACAGGAGGGGGCUGAGCACGCACCCUUGUGGGGCUCCUGUGUUGAGGAUCAGCGAAGUGGAGAUGUUGUUUCCUACCAUCACCACCUUAGUUCAGUUACCUUUGCUUUCUUGGGUACAGGAACAAUGGGGGCCAUCUUGAAGCAUGUGGGGACAGCAAACUGGGAAAGGGAGAGAUUGAAUAUGUCCAUAAACACACCAGUCAGCUGGUCUGAGCAUGCUCUGAGGACGCGGCUAGGGAUGCCGUCUGGGCCGGCAGCCUUGCGGGGGUUAACAUGCUUAAAUGUCUUAAUCACGUCGGCCACGGAGAAGGAGAGGCCACAGUCCUUGGUAGUGGGCCUCGUCAGUGGCACUGUGUUAUCCUCAAAGCGGGCGAAGAAGGUGUUUAGCUUGUCUGGAAGCGAGACGUCGGUGUCAGCGACGUGGCUGGUUUUUCCUUUUGUAGUCCGUGAUUGUCUGUAGACCCUGCCACAUACGUCUCGUGUCUGAGCCGUUGAAUUGUGACUCCACUCUGUCUCUAUACUGACGUUUUGCCAGUUGGAUUGCCUUACGGAGGAAAUAACUACACUGUUUGUAUUCUGCCAUAUUCCCAGUCACCUUGCCAUGGUUAAAUGCAGUGGUUCGCGCUUUCAAUUUUGUGUGAAUGAAAUUGGAUGUUAUGAGCCCAUGUCGAUGCUUAAAUCACAUCAGAAGGUCCUUUUUUUGUGUGUGUGUAAUACCCCUUUAAUUGUGCAUUUUAAGAGAGGGGUCUAGCAAUGAUGUCAUGACAAAUGCCCACCCGAUUGAUGCAAAUAAUCAUGACAUCAUUCUGCCAGGUAAGCCUACUUUGCAGUUAACAGUUAAUUGAGAAGGUUUUGGGGAAAGUCUUUGUCUACCCACACCACAAUACCGUUAUCAUUAUCGACGUGAACAGUAGACAAACGCACGCACCACAAAGACCUACAGGGGGCAGUAUUGGCAGAUGUUUGACUUUUUAAGCCAAUUGUGGUUAACUAGGGGUGGGAUAAUGUCUGUGGAUUUGAUUGGAUAGUAGCCGGGAGCAUGAGGUGUCUGAUAAACUGUGAGAUUUUGUUUGACAGUUUGCGGUGGAACUCGUGAAAAAUACAUGCACUUUCAGAAUUUAUUGGCAAACUUACUCCUAAUUGGGCUGCGAGCUACUCGACCUGUUGGAGACCCCUACCCUAGUGAGACAGAUGUUGUGUCAUUAAAAAAUAUAUACAUAUAUCUCUUCUGGCUUGGUUUGGCGCGUAGUUGUCUGGCACCAGAUGGCAAACACAUUUCUCCUCAGUGUGUUUUGUAGAAGUUACACCCAUUUUUGUAGAAGUUUCUUCCCUCGGAGAAGAGAUUUGUCGUAAAUAAGUCUCUCUACUGUACUGAACAUGUUGCUUGUUUUACACUGAGGUUCGAGGCCCCUGUUCAUAAAGCGUCGGGAUCAGGUCCUGUACCUGUAAUCUUAUUCACUCUUAGAGCCAAUUUUAUGCUUGAUCCUAAAAUGUGGUCGGAGGCGCCGUGUAGAUGGUGUGUCGCAAUUGCGGAGCCUCCGGAGGCACGCAGAGGCCAAAUUGAGCUCCGUACCACAUCGCCCUGCGCCUCUCAUGUUGUAACAAUGCGGAAGACAUGAUUGGUUGAUGGUAGGCGGGGGGGCGGGAGGUCCUGUAUAAAACACAAACUCACUUCCUUGACAACAGCUCUGCGUUGCUCGGCGAAGCGCAGGAAGUAUGAAUGCCCUGACUUCUGCUGAGGCCUUAUCACCGUAAAUGCUGCACGGCCAAUGCAGACGUCGGAUUGAUCAAUGCGGCGCCUUUCACUCCAAUGCUUUAUGAAUAUAGGCCCUUGACUCAAAAAGGACUGGGCCUGAUGUUUGAGUUUCUGUUGUCCUGUCUGACUAUGGGUUUCGUCCCAAAUUGGAACCCUAUUCCCUAUAUAGUGAACUAUUUUUUUUAAAACCGAUAUGGUGCCAUUUGGGAUGCACACUAUGCCUCUCCUGGAAUGGAGUAAUCACCUCUUUCUUUUAGGGAUCCUAAGGAAUUGUAGAUGUUCCCUGACUAUCUAGCCAACUUUUUGUUUUGGUGAUUAUUGUGUGGUAUCAACCUCCUCUUUUUAUCAAGAAGGGGCAGAGAAUAUGACCUAAUAGUUGUUUGCUACACCAUGAUGUGUUUUAUCUCCGAGGACAAAAUGGCACCCUAUUCCCGAUGUAGUGCACUACUUUUUCACCAGGGCUCUGGUCAAAAGUAGUGCGCUACAUAGGGCAAUAGGGUGCUAUUGGGGUUGAGCUGUCUUAAUCUCUGCUUUCAUCCUCCUCCAGUACAUCUUGUCGGGAUCAGAUGACUUCAACCUUUAUAUGUGGAGAAUCCCAAAGGAUCCUGAAGCAGGUAAGAGAGGGUGUGUGGGUGGUUUGUUUCUGUAUUGUUUGUCAAUCUUGUGUGUGUGUGUUUCUUAUCGGUGUGUCAGUCUGUGUCAGAGAUUAUAAUCUCUCCCUUAUUCCGCCCUGCUCCCCCAGGAGGCCCGGGUCGUGUGGUGAACGGAGCCUUCAUGGUCCUAAAGGGUCACCGCUCCAUCGUGAACCAGGUCCGGUUCAACCCCAGCACCUAUAUGAUCUGCUCCUCCGGGGUCGAGAAGGUCAUCAAGGUACGUUUAGUGAUGUCAUCAUCAGUGACAUCUCCCAUUUUCAUCGUCGUGAUGCGUGCAUGUCAAUUCAUUAUUAUGUCAUGAUUUGAUUUUCAUCACUCCGUGGUUGAAUUUCGUCACUCAAGGUACGUGACGACAUUGAGUUUUUCUCACAAUUUUACAUAAUCAUUUAUAACAGUUAAGGUGUGGGUGUGUGACUUCAAAUCAAAUUGUAUUGGCCACAUGCGCCGAAUACAACAGGUGUAGACAUUACAGUGAAAUGCUUACUUACAGCCCUUAACCAACAGUGCAUUUAUUUUUAAUAAAAAAGUAAAAUAAAACAACAACAAAAAAGUGUUGAGAAAAAAAAGAGCAGAAGUAAAAUAAAAUAACAGUAGGGAGGCUAUAUAUACAGGGGGGUACCGGUGCAGAGUCAAUGUGCGGGGGCACCGGCUAGUUGAGGUAGUAGAAGUAAUAUGUACAUGUGGGUAGAGUUAAAGUGACUAUGCAUAAAUAAUUAACAGAGUAGCAGCAGCGUAAAAGGAUUGGGGUGGGGGGGGGCAGUGUAAAUAGUCCGGGUAGCCAUGAUUAGCUGUUCAGGAGUCUUAUUGCUUGGGGGUAGAAGCUGUUGAGAAGUCUUUUGGACCUAGACUUGGCACUCCGGUACCGCUUGCCGUGCGGUAGCAGAGAGAACAGUCUAUGACUAGGGUGGCUGGAGUCUUUGACAAUUUUGAGGGCCUUCCUCUGACACCGCCUGGUAUAGAGGUCCUGGAUGGCAGGAAGCUUGGCCCCAGUGAUGUACUUACAGUUAUUUGUAAAAUGACUUGGUACGUGAUUGAUUCAUGUCAUUACAACCUCAUGUGCGUCAUGCGUGCAUUGCACGCAAUUUAAUUUCCUCUCAGUUCAAUUGUCUUUGAACUUACUUUUAAAGGGUAGGUAGCAUGAGUUUUUAUUCACCAAAGUAACAACGUAGUGUGGUCGAAGACAUAGUAACUUAGUUGUAGUCACAAUGUGGUUGCCUAUAACUCCAAAAAUAGUUAUGUUUUGAAAAUAUUUAUUAACUUAUUUUCAGAUAUCUUCGAAACUACCCAGAAUGCACUAUUUCUCAACGUCGUAUUGAGAUUCUGGCUAAUCUUAGCCAGCCAUGCAGGCUGAGUGUUGGCAGUGGUGAGCUACAAUCCACCAAUAACGAGGACGUGUGACGUAAACAACCAAUCAGAUUCCCCACAUGUGUGGACUGCAUGAUCCUGCUCGGCAGCUGUGACUUCUCCUGCACCGGAAGGCUUGCCUCUGGCUCAAAAGGAAAGUGGAAAAUCAUUCCUGCCUGCUCUAAUAUUUUAGUACCUUGUCUGUUCUUCCUCUUUAUAUUUGUUUGGUCAACUUUUCGACCUGUUCUCUAAAGUAGGGUGCCAGAGUUUUUCAACCUUGGCUUAGUGCCAGCGCGCUGUUGUGGUGAUUUCCGUCUGCCUGCAGCUUUCCUCCGACCGGUGGCUUGUUGACUGUUCCCGUCGUCUCCUGUCCUGCCUCUCCAUGCCAGAGCCUCUGGAUUAAUGCCUCUGGAAUCUAUCUACUUCAGAUUUACUUCGCAAUAUAUCGCUAUUGGGUUAGCUACCCUCACUGGGCUAAAAUGGCUAACGUUAGCUGGCUGGCUAGAUUGCUUGCUGGCUAAGAUGAUAAUGAUGAUUUUAACGAACUGGUUAGAUGGCAUUAGGUAAUUCGAAAACGUUGGUUUACUUUAACGUGGCUCAAUUUGCUAUUAAAGCUGUAAAUUAGCUAGCUAGGUGUUGAUAACACUUUUUUAAAAACAUUUUUAGUUAUUUAGCAGACGCUCUUAUCCAGAGCGACUUACAGUUAGUGAGUGCAUACAUUAUUUUGUUUGAGAAUAAAAAAAUAAAAAUCAUACCCCCCCUUGGGAAUCGAACCCACAACCCUGGCGUUGCAAAUGCCAUGCUCUACCAACUGAGCUACAUCCCUGCCGGCCAUUCCCUCCCCUACCCUGGACGACGCUGGGCCAAUUGUGCGCCGCCCCAUAAGUCUCCCAGUCGCGGCCGGCUACGACAGAGCCUGGAUUCGAACCAGGAUCUCUAGUGGCACAGCUAGCACUGCGAUGCAGUGCCUUAGACCAUUUCGGUUUUAUGUUAGAACUCGAAAAAUGUAAAAGUGAGGUAACUUUGUACUUUUGAUGUGUAUUCUAAUGGAAGCCCAUAUGUUACAUGUGGUUAUGUUAAAUGCCACCUACCCUCAAAAUAUUCACAAACAAAACUUCUAGUUAACACGACAAAGUGGGUGCUCAUUCAAAGUCUCAUCAGAAUGUCUAAUACACUUGAUUGUGAUCGUCUGGCAUGAAUGAAUUAGCUCUUUUUACUCAAACCGCCUGAAAGGUAAAGCCAGCAACAUUCUUCUCUAGGUGAUUCCCCCCCUAUAUGGAUCUCCGAGGGCUUGAGGUGAAGACGGAUCGAGACAACUCGGUCUCCUCACCACUAUCCACUGUCUCUCUACCACUCUCCAGCCCAGACAAACGUAGCGGCCUGAGCUUGUGAAAGGAAAAGGAUAUAGGGUGUUGAUUCAUCAUAACCUCCGUCCUCCAGGUGUUCCAAAAAGCUGCUGUUAUACGUUCUUCCUCGUUCGUUAUUCUGCAACGUACCAGAGGUGUGAAAGCUGAUACAGGCCCAACCAGGUGUUCAAUUUCAACCAUGCUCUCCUCCCUCACCCCUUGUUUCUCCCCCCCUGAAACCCCUCCUGUCCUCCUCUCCCCCUCCCUCCCGCUCCCCUCUCCCCCUCCCGCUCCCCUCUCCCCCUCCCGCUCCCCUCUCCCUCUCCCUCCCUCUCCCUCCCACCCGCUCCCCUCCCACCCGCUCCCCUCUCCUCCCUCCCCCAGGCGUGGAGCCCUUACCAGCAGCCGGAGAGUGUGGGAGACCUGGAUGGCUGUGUGGAGGAUAAGUCCAGGAGUCUGUACAGCCAUGAGGAAUAUAUCAACCUGGUGCUGAACAGCGGCAGCGGCCUGAGCCACGACUACGUCUCACAGGUAACACCAGGUCACAGUCCCAAAUGGCACCCUAUUCCCUACACAGCGCACUACCUUUCCCUAUAUAACGCCCAUACAAACACACACACACACACAUUUUGGGGGGGAUUCAUUAAGUACAAUUGCAUCUUAUCUCAUCUCAGUCCAUCCAGGAGGACCCUCGUAUGAUGGCCUUCUUUGACUCUCUGGUGCGUCGGGAGAUCGAGGGCUGGAGUUCGGACUCGGACAGCGACCUGAGUGAGGGGGCCAUCCUGCAGCUCCACGCCAGGGGCCGACGCUCCACGCAGGCUGUAAGAGACAGCUCCGGGGCCCUGGUUGGGACCGGGGUCGCCAUGCCUGUACCACCUGCUGCUGCUGUUGCCGCCGACUCAGACCACUCCUCUUCGUCCUCAUUGGCUGCACCCGAGGCAUCGGGGGAGGAGCAUCCUGAAGGGGUGGAGGCGCUGCAGCCGAGGAGGCGUGGCAGCAGAUAUCAGCAGUCUGUGUUCUUAUUGGAUCUGGUGGGAGAGGACUCUGACUCCAGUGGGUUCUGGCCUGACCCCAUGCCCCGGCCUCGCUCUCCCAGCCCCCGAGACAACUCCACCCUCUCCAGCCCCACCUCCUCCCCCGCCGGCGCCUCCUCCAGCUCUUCCUCCACCUCCUCCACCAGCUCCGAGGAUGAGGAGCUGAGGAGAGCCAGUAGGAGAGAACGUACCGCAGCCCGGAGACGACGCAUUCACUUCCCCCGCCGGUCCAGUGGGGGGCGCCCCGAGUCCGCCCAGGCCUUGUACCCCGGUGGGGUCGACUCCUGCUCCUACCCCAAGAUCUCCAUCGACGAGGCCUCAUCCUCCUCCGCAUCCUCCACGGAUCUGCAGCAGGACCAGGAUUCGGUCCAGGUCGGACCCCACAGGAGUGGCUCUAAAACGGGGAGACGCAAGUUUCACACCCUCGCUGCUUCUAGCCCUGCAGUGUCUCUGGACAGCCAGGAUGACCGAGCGGAGCAGGAGGGGCUCCUCAUUGCCUCCCUUCUGUCUCAAGACGCCCUGCAGCAGAGGACCGAGUCCCGGGCAGGAAGGCGGGGGGGGAGGGGGGCUGCUUUAGAGAGAAUGGCUGAGGGCUUGGAUAGUCCAGAAGAGGCAGAGGAAGAGGAUCAUAGUGGCUGGGUCACCCCUCGCUCCAGACACCACAGCCCUGGGGUGCCGAUAGGCUGCAGGGGUCGUCUGGCUCCAGACCUGUUUGUAUCCUCAGACUCCGAGGGGGAGAGCGAGACCUUAGCGGUGAAAUCAGCAGGCACUAGGACUCUGGUAGAGGAGGGCGGAUCAUCGUCUCAGAGAGGCCCGGCCCCAGCCCAGGGUGCGCUGAAACGGACUCACCUGGGGUCAAGAGGUCAAGGGUCAGGGGAGGGUUCUGGGGAGGGGUCAGGGGGGUCGGAGACCUCAGAGAAGAAGUUCAAGACAUGAUGAUUACACCUGAGAGGUGUCAGGUGAUCAUUUGGUUUAGGACAGGUUAUGUGUCUCAAAUGGCACCCUAUUCCAUACACUACUUUAGGGCUAAAGUAACCCAUAGGGUCCCUGGUCAAAAGUAGUGCACUAUAUAGGGAAUAGGGUGCCAUUUGAGAACCCUGAGACUCAACUUAGGGUGGCUUUUCUAUGGGUUUUUACAAUCCAGUUUCUUGGUUUGGCGUCACUCUAAAAAAGGGUGGCGGAAUUUGCAAUUUUGAGACAUUGGGCGAGUUUGUUUUGCGUGGCCCCCGGUUGGCGGAGUUGGCACAUUUUAGACCAUUCCAUUGGUCCUUAAGUGGAAUCUCCACCCACCGCCCAUUGGGACGUGUAUUUUUCUGUGAUCAGGACACAGUGACAUCAUCACUUUUGCGGUCAAACCACAAAGAUGACAUUUAAUAAAGAAAAUAUACUAAAAUAUAAGUAAUCAUAUUGACAUUGACAGUAAUGGUAUUGUUAAUGCAUUUGCUAGUCAUUUAGUCUUAAGGCAGAAAUGUUUUUUUUUUUUUUUGAUGUUCAUGUUUUGAAACAAAUACAUCAAGUUUUUCUUUUAAGAAAACGCCAGGGGGAAGAAAAAAAAGCUCAAAUUCCAGGACUAAAGUUUUCAGAAAGCGUAUUUGUGUUUCUCUUGGAGUUAGAGACUUGAUUCAUUUAGAUUUUUCAGUGAGAUUCUCUGCUUAGCUUAAAGUUUCAGCGUUUCCAUGGUAAUCUGGUAGAGCGAACCAACCAGCUGUUUGAGCUGUGCAUUAAUGAAGAUGAUUAUGAUUUGUGUUAAAAGGAGAAAUUGUUCUGGUCUCCUUUCCAUCCUGACCCAACCCCUCUGUCACCACCAACAGCAGCAGCAAAUGUAUUUUUGUUUGUUUGUUGCUUUCUUCAAUUAAAGAAUCAUUCAUUAUCAAUGAUUUCACUGCCAUUUCCGAGCCUCUAUUCAUUCUAAGGAAUGUUUAUCCAUUUUACAAUAAUGAUUAGGGGUGUUCACCAAACCUACGGUCCGGUACAUAUUGAGGUUUUGGGGUCACGGUUCGUUUCGGUACAGCAGGAAAAUAUAUAAAAGUAACCCAGGAAUAGAUAAUGAGUCUUAUAACAUAGGGCCCUAUAAAACUGUUUUCAGUUUUGCCUAUUUCCGUUUUAUGAGUUUGUUUUCCAGGUUUCAGAUUUUUCCCUGUUUUGCAGGUUUUUACUCAUCACUUUUUUUUAUUAGAUUUUUUUAAAUAGAAAAACAACCAAAUUUGAGCUUUUAAGUCCACAACAAUGCUUUAAAGUACAUCAGGAGACCAUUUGAGGUUCAAAAUGUGUAUAUAUACAGUACCAGUCAAAAUUUUGGACACUACUCAUUCAAGGGUUUUUCUUUAUUUUUACUAUUUUCUACAUUGUAGAAUAAUAGUGAAGACAUUAAAGCUAUGAAAUAACACAUAUGGAAUCAUGUAGUAACCAAACCAAAAAAGUGUUAAACAAAUCAAAAUAUAUUUGAGAUUAUUCAAAGUAGCCACCCUUUGCCUCGAUGACAGCUUUGCACACUCUUGGCAUUUUCUCACCCAGCUUCAUGAGGUAGUCACCUGGAAUGUGUUUCAAUUAAGGUGUGCCUUGUUAAAAGUUAAUUUGUGGAAUUUCUUUCCUUCUUAAUGCAUUUGAGCCAAUCAGUUGUGUUGUGACAAAGUAGGGGGGUAUACAGAAGAUAGCCCUAUUUGGUAAAAGACCAAGUCCAUAUUAUGGCAAGAACAGCUCCCGAGUGGCGCAGCGGUCUAAGGCACUGCAUCUCAGUGCUUGAGGCGUCACUACAGACCCCCUGGUUCGAUUCCAGGCUGUAUCACAACCGGCCGUGAUUGGGAGUCCCAUAGGGCAGCGCACAAUUGGCCCAGCAUCAUCCGGGUUUGGCCGGUGUAGGCCGUCAUUGUAAAUAAGAAUUUGUUCUUAACUGACUUGCCUAGUUAAAUAAAGGUUAAAUAAAAUAAAUAAAUAAAAAAUAAGCAAAGAGAAACGACAGUCCAUCAUUACUUUAAGACAUGAAGGUCAGUUAAUACGGACAAUUUCAAGAACUUUGAACGUUUCUUCAAGUGCAGUCGCAAAAACCGUCAAGCGCUAUGAUGAAACUGGCUCUCAUGAGGACCGCCACAGGAAUGGAGGACCAGAGUUACCUUUACUGCAGAGGAUAAGUUCAUUAGAGUUACCAGCCUCAGAAAUUGCAGCCCAAAUAAAUGCUUCACAGAGUUCAAGUAACAGACACAUCUCAACAUCAACUGUUCGGAGGAGACUGCAGCAUUGAAGCUCCCCAAGAACACAGUGGCCUCCAUCAUUCUUAAAUGGAAGAAGUUUGGAACCACCAAGACCCUUCCUAGAGCUGGCCACCCGGCCAAACUGAGCAAUCGUGGGAGAAGGGCCUUGGUCAGGGAGGUAACCAAGAACCCGAUGGUCACUGACAGAGCUCCAGAGUUCCUCUGGGGAGAUGGGAGAACCUUCCAGAAGGACAACCAACUCUGCAGCACUCCACCAAUCAGGCCUUUAUGGUAGAUUGGCCAGACGGAAGCCACUCCUCAGUAAAAGCACAUGAUAGCCCACUUGGAGUUUGCCAAAACGCACCUAAAGGACUUUAUGAGAAACAAGAUUCUCUGGUCUGAUGAAACCAAGAUAGAACUAUUUGGACUGAAUGCCAAGCGUCACAUCUGGAGGAAACCUGGCACCAUCCCUACGGUGAAGCACGGUGGUGGCAGCAUCAUGCUGUGGGGAUGUUUUUCAGUGGCAGGGACUGGGAGACUAGUCAGGAUCGAGGGGAAAGAUUUAACAGAGAGAAGUACAGAGAGAUCCUUGAUGAAAACCUGCUCCAGAACGCUCAGGACCUCAGACUGGGGCUAACAUUCACCUUCCAACAGGACAACGACCCUAAGCACACAGCCAAGACAAUGCAGGAGUGGCAUCAGGACAAGUCUCUGAAUGUCCUUGAGUGGCCCAGCCAGAGCCCUGACUUGAACCAGAUCGAACAUCUCUGGAGAGACCUGAAAACAGCUGUGCAGCGACACUCCCCAUCCAACCUGACAGAACUUGAGGAUCUGCAGAGAAUAAUGGGAGAAACUCCCUAAAUACAGGUGUGCCAAGCUUGUAGCGUCAUACCCAAGAAGACACAAGGCUGUGAUCGCUGCCAAAGGUGCUUCAACAAAGUACUGAGUAAAGGGUCUGAAUACUUAUGUAAUAUUUCAACAUUUUAUUUUUAAACCUGUUUUUGAUAUGUCAUUAUGGGGUGUUGUGUGUAGAUUGAUGAGGGCGGGGGGGGGGGGACUAUUUAAUUAGGCUUUAACGUAACAAAGUGGAAAAAGUCAAUGGGUCUGAAUACUUUCCGAAUGCACUGUAUAUCAUUUUUGGGUGUAGAUUACCCUUUCAUUUAGGUUUGCACGAGCCUUGCUUUGUUAACAGUGUUUCUAUAGCACAAGUGAUUGAGUUUUCUAAACCAAUCACCACUGGAUUGAUGCAAAUAAUCAUAUCAUUCUGCCAUGUAUGCAUAGACUAUUUUGUAGUUAACAUUUUAAUUGAGAAGUUUUUUGUAGAAAGCCUUUUCAUCUACCAGAAGACGGUUGUCAUUAGCAUCAUCGCUAACGGCUACAUAGUGGCAGACAAACGCGCGCACACAGACGCCAUUGCCUCUUCAGAGAGUUAAAAGAAAAUACUAAUCACUGAUGCGUUUUGUCUUUUUCAUUUUAGGCCAAUUAAUUGUUUCAAUACAUUUAGUUGAUUUCCUACUUAAGUUCAAUACGUUUUUGCUUCUAAAGGGAAGACAGUGUUCCCAAAGUGGAGAUUUUAAACGAUGAUGGAAGAUCCUCCAAUUCUGGUUUAUCGAACCCCAUCACUCGCCAUUGUAGAGAGCUAGCUCCCGGCUGUGUCGGGAAUUUUGAUUAGAACAUGUAGGCUCUAGUUAUUAAAACGGAGCCUGAAAUGUUUAGUUUUCAGCUCUGAGGCAUACAACACAGUGUUGGCAUAACCAAUAAUAAUAAUAUGCCAUUUAGUAGACGCUUUUAUCAAAAGCGACUUAGUCAUGUGUGCAUACAUUUUUUACGUAUGGGUGGUCCCGGGGAAUCGAACCCACUACCCUGGCGUUACAAGCGCCACGCUCUACCAAUUGAGCUACAGAGGACCUAUGACUCUAGAUCACAAUGGGGUGAGGGGCGUGACCUUGCAAAGUUUGCAUGUUAAAUCGAUUUUUUUAAAGAGCCACCAUGUGUCCAAUUGGCAUGGCCCUUUACCAUCAUGCGAGGUUGCACCCUCCUAGGCCUCACUAUUUCACGGGAAUUUGUAUUUCGCCUUACGGAAGAGUAAUAAUGAACUGGAGCUUCGCUGCUUGAACCCCUAACAGUAGUGAUGAAGAUAAUAAUACAUUUGACUCCUUCCUUUCAAGAUAACGAAGCUUAGAGUAAAAAUAUAAUAAAAUAGCUAAUCUAAACAUGACAUUACUACAGCAAUACCUUACAUGUUACAUAUUCUUCUGUCUUUACAUUUACAUGUUACAUUUUAGUCAUUUAGCAGACGCUCUUAUCCAGAGUGACUUACAGUUAGUGAGUGCGUACAUUAUUUGUUAUAUUUUUCAUACUGCCCCCUCCCCGUGGGAAUCGAACCCACAACCCUGGCGUUGCAAACGCCAUGCUCUACCAUCUGAGCUACAUCCCUGCCGGCCGUUCCCUCCCCUACCCUGGACGACGCUGGGCCAACUGUGCGCCGCCCCAUUAGGACGCCAUGUCAUUUCUCUAAUUGAAGAGAGAGAUGUUUCUGCACCCACAGUAGCAAGUCACCGUGGCAACUAAUCUUCAACACUGCUGUGAAAGAAAGGUGACCCUGAACAGACCAUAGACUGUAGCAUGCAGAACAGCACACUAGACCAAACCAAUCUAUAGACCAAAUCGACCAAACCAAUUUAUGGUUGAAUGUGCUAGACCAAACCAAUCUAUAGACUAAACCAGGGCAUUCCUGGAGAGAUACCCUUCUGUAGGUUUUCACUCCAUCCCCAGUCGUAACUAACCAGGUUCAGCAUAUCAACUAGCUAAUUAUUAGAAUCAGGUGCACUAGAUUAGGGUUGGAGUGAAAACCUCCAGGAUGGUAGCUCUGCAGGAACAGGGUUGGAGAGCCCUGGACUAGAUAGAUGUAAACCUACAGGAGGGUAUCUCUCCAGGAACAGGGUUGGAGAGCCCUGGACUAGAUAGAUGUAAACCUACAGGAGGGUAUCUCUCCAGGAACAGGGUUGGAGAGCCCUGGACUAGAUAGAUGUAAACCUACAGGAGGGUAUCUCUCCAGGAACAGGGUUGGAGAGCCCUGGACUAGAUAGAUGUAAACCUACAGGAGGGUAUCUCUCCAGGAACAGGGUUGGAGAGCCCUGGACUAGAUAGAUGUAAACCUACAGGAGGGUAUCUCUCCAGGAACAGGGUUGGAGAGCCCUGGACUAGAUAGAUGUAAACCUACAGGAGGGUAUCUCUCCAGGAACAGGGUUGGAGAGCCCUGGACUAGAUAGAUGUAAACCUACAGGAGGGUAUCUCUCCAGGAACAGGGUUGGAGAGCCCUGGACUAGACAGAUGUAAACCUACAGGAGGGUAUCUCUCCAGGAACAGGGUUGGAGAGCCCUGGACUAGAUAGAUGUAAACCUACAGGAGGGUAUCUCUCCAGGAACAGGGUUGGAGAGCCCUGGACUAGAUAGAUGUAAACCUACAGGAGGGUAUCUCUCCAGGAACAGGGUUGGAGAGCCCUGGACUAGAUAGAUGUAAACCUACAGGAGGGUAUCUCUCCAGGAACAGGGUUGGAGAGCCCUGGACUAGACAGAUGUAAACCUACAGGAGGGUAUCUCUCCAGGAACAGGGUUGGAGAGCCCUGGACUAGAUAGAUGUAAACCUACAGGAGGGUAUCUCUCCAGGAACAGGGUUGGAGAGCCCUGGACUAGAUAGAUGUAAACCUACAGGAGGGUAUCUCUCCAGGAACAGGGUUAGUGAGCCCUGACUAGAUAGAUGUAAACCUACAGGAGGGUAUCUCUCCAGGAACAGGGUUGGAGAGCCCUGGACUACAUUUUACAUUUACAUUUUAGUCAUUUAGCAGACGCUCUUAUCCAGAGCGACUUACAGUUAGUGAGUGCAUACAUUUUCUCUUUUCAUACUGGCCCCCGUGUAAUCGAACCCACAACCCUGGCGUAGCAAGCGCCAUGCUCUACCAACUGAGCUACACAGGCCCCAAUUUUACCAAAUUUAAAGAUGACAAAAGUGGCAUUAAUUUAGACAGUAAUAAAUGUAGAUACAGUGGGGAGAACAAGUAUUUGACACACUGCCGAUUCCGCGGGCCCUCCCACCCACAAAGCAUGUAGAGGUCUGCCACCUUCAUCAUAGGUACACUUCAACUGUGAGAGACGGAAUCCAAAACAAAAAUCCAGAAAAUCACACUGUAUGAUUCUCAAAUAAUUAACCCGCACUUUAUUGCAUGACAUAAGUAUUUGAUCACCUACCAACCAGUAAGAAUUCCGGCUCUCACAGACCUGUUAGUUUUUCUUUAAGAAGCCCUCCUCCACUCAUUACCUGUAUUAACUGCACCUGUUUGAACUCGUUACCUGUAUAAAAGACACCUGUCCACACACUCAAUCAAACAGACUCCAACCUCUCCACAAUGGCCAAGACCAGAAAGCAGUGUAAGGACAUCAGGGAUAAAAUUGUAGACCUGCACAAGGCUGGGAUGGGCUACAGGACAAUAGGCAAGCAGCUUGGUGAGAAGGCAACAACUGUUGGCGCAAUUAUUAAAAAAUGGAAGAAGUUCAAGAUGACGGUCAAUCACCCUCAGUCUGGGGCUCCAUGCAAGAUCUCACCUCAUGGGGCAUCAAUGAUCAUGAGGAAGGUGAGGGAUCAGCCCAGAACUACAUGGCAGGACCUGGUCAAUGACCUGAAGAGAGCUGGGACCACAGUCUCAAAGAAAACCAUUAGUAACACACUACGCCGUCAUGGAUUAAAAUCCUGCAGCGCACGCAAGGUCCCCCUGCUCAAGCCAGCGCAUGUCCAGGCCCGUCUGAAGUUUGCCAAUGACCAUCUGGAUGAUCCAGAGGAGGAAUGGGAGAAGGUCAUGUGGUCUGAUGAGACAAAAAUAGAGCUUUUUGGUCUAAACUCCACUCGCCGUGUUUGGAGGAAGAAGAAGGAUGAGUACAACCCCAAGAACACCAUCCCAACCGUGAAGCAUGGAGGUUGAAACAUCAUUCUUUGGGGAUGCUUUUCUGCAAAGGGGACAGGACGACUGCACCAUAUUGAGGGGAGGAUGGAUGGGGCCAUGUAUCGCGAGAUCUUGGCCAACAACCUCCUUCCCUCAGUAAGAGCAUUGAAGAUGGGUCGUGGCUGGGUCUUCCAGCAUGACAACGACCCGAAACACACAGCCAGGGCAACUAAGGAGUGGCUCUGUAAGAAGCAUCUCAAGGUCCUGGAGUGGCCUAGCCAGUCUCCAGACCUGAACCCAAUAGAAAAUCUUUGGAGGGAGCUGAUAGUCCGUAUUGCCCAGCGACAGCCCCGAAACCUGAAGGAUCUGGAGAAGGUCUGUAUGGAGGAGUGGGCCAAAAUCCCUGCUGCAGUGUGUGCAAACCUGGUCAAGACCUACAGGAAACGUAUGAUCUAUGUAAUUAGAUAGAUGUAAACCUACAGGAGGGUAUCUCUCCAGGAACAGGGUUGGAGAGCCCUGGACUAGAUAGAUGUAAACCUACAGGAGGGUAUCUCUCCAGGAACAGGGUUGGCGAGCCCUGGACUAGAUAGAUGUAAACCUACAGGAGGGUAUCUCUCCAGGAACAGGGUUGGAGAACCCUGGACUAGAUAGAUGUAAACCUACAGGAGGGUAUCUCUCCAGGAACAGGGUUGGCGAGCCCUGGACUAAACAAAAGUUGACAAGAAAAAGAGGGUUGAGUUUUUUUUGAGACCUGUAGAUCCACACAUUCCUGUGUCACGGUUUGUGAAUCUAAUGUACUGUAUUUAUCCACCUUUUUAUUUUCAUAUUGAAUACAAUUUCCGUCUCGAUAUUGAGUAAUAUUUCUAAGUAUGCCACUAACAGCAGUUUCAGUGUAAUUGAUGGGAGACGAAUUCCACAGGGUUGAUGUAGGCUAGGUCUCUUAGCAAAAUAAGACUUCAUUCACAGUGACUAGUAGUGAGCUAAGUAACCAUAAAAGGACUAACUUCUUUUGAUCAGAUUAUUAUUAUUAUUAUUAUUUUAUUUAUUUAUUUAACCUUUAUUUAACCAGGUAAGCCAGUUGAGAACAAGUUCUCAUUUACAACUGCGACCUGGCCAAGAUAAAGCAAAGCAGUGCAAUAAAAACAACAACACAGAGUUACAUAUGGAAUAAACAAAACAUAAAGUCAAAAAUACAACCGAUAAGAAAGAAGCCACACGCUCUCAGACAGAAACAUGAUGUGUCCCAAAUGGCUCCCUAUGUAGUGUACUGCUAUCCCUGUGGGUCCUGGUCAAAAGUAGUUCAAUCGAGUACAGGCUUCUGUGAAUGAAUAAAAAAGACUGAAUGGAACUUUUAUUAAACAGUUUGGGGAAUGGCCUCGUCUCCGAGGGGAAACUGUUGCUGAAAAAACAGCAAGUGAGAGAACAAGGUUAAGUUGACAUGUAAAUACAUCCCAAGAUGUACUCCCAUUGGUUGAGAGAGAGGAAGGUGAGCCCAUAGGUUAAACAGCAAGCGUGAGGAAUGUGCAUUAUUGUGCCGUGCCUAUAGGCCACAAGGUAAAUAGGUGAAUGACUUGCUGCACAUGGUUAAUAGGAAAGAGGAGGAUACAUUUGACUGAUGAUGAUUAUACUCUACGUUUGGAUUCAUUCCCACUAUUGCCCGUAGAAUAGGAAAUGGAGUGAAUGAUGGUAUGCUUACUGGAUUACCAGCUGUAGCUCAGCAUGGUAGAGCACGGCGCCUGUAACGCCAGGGUAGUGGGUUCGAUCCCCGGGACCACCCAUACACAAAAAAUGUAUGCACGCAUGACUGUAAGUCGCUUUGGAUAACAACGUCUGCUAAGUGGCUUAUUAUUAUUCAUCAGACAAGCCUUCCUGAUCGAACUUUCAUAAACUAUAAAGGGAAAUAGGGUGUCAUUUGGGACACAGAAACAGAUUCCCUAACAGUGGUAGUGUUGUUAGUGUAGCCGGCUGUCUUGGAAACCAUGAUGCCAAUGAGUUCACAGAGCCACUGUCUAUCAUCGUGGCUGGCUGUACUGUCUAGUAGUGUAUGUCAUCGUGGCUGGCUGUACUGUCUAGUAGUGUAUGUCAUCCUGGCUGGCUGUACUGUCUAGUAGUCAAUGUCGUCCUGGCUGGCUGUACUGUCUAGUAGUGCAUGUCAUCCUGGCUGGUUGGCUGUACUGUCUAGUAGUGUAUGUCAUCCUGGCUGGUUGGCUGUACUGUCUAGUAGUGUAUGUCAUCCUGGCUGGUUGGCUGUACUGUCUAGUAGUGUAUGUCAUCCUGGCUGGUUGGCUGUACUGUCUAGUAGUGUAUGUCAUCCUGGCUGGUUGGCUGUACUGUCUAGUAGUCAUUGUGGUUGGCUGUACUGUCUACUAGUCUACAGUACCAGUCAAAAGUUUGGACACACCUACUCAUUCAAGGGUUUUUCUUUAUUUUUACUAUUUUCUACAUUGUAGAAUAAUAGUGAAGACAUCAAAACUAUGAAAUAACACAUAUGGAAUCAUGUAGUAACCAAAAACGUGUUAAACAAAUUUUAGAUUCUUCAAAGUAGCCACCCUUUGCCUUGAUGACCGCUUUGCACACUCUUGGCAUUCUCUCAACCAGCUUCAUGAAGUAGUCACCUGGAAUGCAUUUCAAUUAACAGGUGUGCCUUCUUAAAAGUUAAUUUGUGGAAUUUAUUUCCUUAAUGCGUUUAAGCCAACCAGUUGUGUUGUGACAAGGUAGGGGUAGUAUACAGAAGAUGGCCCUAUUUGGUAAAAGACCAAGUCCACAUUAUGGCAAGAACAGCUCGAAUAAGCAAAGAGAAACGACAGUCCAUCAUUACUUUAAGACAUGAAGGUCAGUCAAUUCGGAAACAUAUCAAGAACUUUGAAAGUUUCUUCAAGUGCAGUCGCAAAAACCAUCAAGCGCUAUGAUGAAACUGGCUCUCAUGAGGACCGCCACAGGAAAGGAAGACCCAGAGUUACCUCUGCUGCGGAGGUUAACUGCACCUGAGUUAACUGCACCUCCGAUUGCAGCCCAAAUAAAUGCUUCACAGAGUUCAAGUAACAGACACAUCUCAACAUCAACUGUUCAGAGGAGACUGUGUGAAUCAGGCCUUCAUGGUCGAAUUGCUGCAAAGAAACCACUACUAAAGGACACCAAUAGGAAGAAGAGACUAUAUAAUUGUGUUCCAAAGGCAGGCAUCAGCAGCUUGUAUGCGUGGAGGCCUGGAGAUGCUAAAUGUGUUUAUGUUAAUUAACGGUCAAUUUACGGUGAGACCGGCAGUCUUUCGCAUGACAAUAACCGGCUGACAAAUUUCAUGACUGCCACAACCCUAGUCCUGGGCUCAGCCUGGGACUUAGUUAGUGAUGUGAAACCUGAACCUCAUUAAAAAAAGAAAAGGCCUAACGCUCGCUCACUAAUAAAAACAUAUGAUUUAUUUGAGCAAUUAUUAAAAGCUUGACGUUUCGGCAUUCAUCGGAACAAUGACGCAGAGGGACAAGUGACAUUCUGAACCUCGCAGACAGAAAUAGAAUGAAUCGAGCUGACACGAUUCUGACAAUUAUAUCUUGUUCUAUACCUGACAUGGCCUCAUGCAUAGAUAUAGAAGCUAGUCUAAUCAUUCUAUUUCUAUAUCCUCAUUGGCCUAGCUUGGACCCAGAUCUGUUUGUGCUUCAUUAAACUCCUGUAGUCCAAUAUGGUCCCUUAGGAGCUGGAUACAGCACAAACAGAUCUGGGACCAGGCUAUCAUGGGUCUGCCAGACCAGACAGACCUAUUGGUGGGUUAUCAUAGGUUAUCACCACAGGUUAUCCUGUAGCUCCUCUGUAGCUCAGCCGGUAGAGCACGGCGCUUGUAACGCCAGGGUAGUGGGUUCGAUCCCCGGGACCACCCAUACACAAAAAUGUAUGCACGCAUGACUGUAAGUCGCUUUGGAUAAAAGCGUCUGCUAAAUGGCAUAUUAUAUUAUUAUCCUGGUCUAAGUGUUGAUUCUAGAGCACCUGCUAGUCAUUCUAUAUCUUUGCCUUCCUGGUCAUGUGAUGAUCUGAGGCCGGACUGACUGUCAGACUGAUCUGUAAAGGGUAAUCAAGCUAUUUGUGCUACUUCUCUAGUCUCCACUUAGUGCUUCUGGCCACAGCAGUGUGACCUUCGGGCCAAGCGGUCACUGUGGAUGUGUCCCAAAUGGCACCCUAUUCCCUAUAUAGUGCACUACUUUAGACCAGAGAAUGGCACCCUAUUCCCUAUAUAGUGCACUACUUUAGACCAGAGAAUGGCAACCUAUUCCCUAUAUAGUGCACUACUUUAGACCAGAGAAUGGCAACCUAUUCCCUAUAUAGUGCACUACUUUAGACCAGAGAAUGGCACCCUAUUCCCUAUAUAGUGCACUACUUUAGACCAGAGAAUGGCAACCUAUUCCCUAUAUAGUGCACUACUUUAGACCAGAGAAUGGCACCCUAUUCCCUAUGUAGUGCACUACUUUAGACCAGAGAAUGGCACCUAUUCCCUAUAUAGUGCACUACUUUAGACCAGAGAAUGGCAACCUAUUCCCUAUAUAGUGCACUACUUUAGACCAGAGAAUGGCACCCUAUUCCCUAUGUAGUGCACUACUUUAGACCAGAGAAUGGCACCUAUUCCCUAUAUAGUGCACUACUUUAGACCAGAGAAUGGCACCUUAUUCCCUAUGUAGUGCACUACUUUAGACCAGAGAAUGGCACCUAUUCCCUAUAUAGUGCACUACUUUAGACCAGAGAAUGGCACCCUAUUCCCUCUAUAGUGCACUACUUUAGACCAGAGAAUGGCACCUAUUCCCUAUAUAGUGCACUACUUUAGACCAGAGAAUGGCUCCCUAUGUAGUGCACUACUUUUGACCAGAGCCCUAUUUGGAAUGCAUAAUUUAUCUACAGGCCCUCCUGUAGCUCAGUUGGUAGAGCAUGGCGCUUGCAACGCCAGGGUUGUGGGUUCAAUUUCCACGGGGGGCCAGUAUGAAAAAUGUAUUCACUCACUAACUGUAAGUGGCUCUGGAUAAGAGUGUCUGCUAAAUGACUAAAAUGUACAUCUAAAUGAAACAGACACCCUUCACUACUCUCUCACUUCCCCUGGCGGCUUUUCAGCAGAAUUAGUCAAGUUUAGUUUUUGUGGUUAGCAGGAUUUUCUUAGAAAUGAUAAUUGGGAAAUAUUUCGUUUUUGAACAAAGACGAAGUCACAUUUAAAGCAUAGGGCACUAAGGCCACACACAUUCUGCCCUCGUUGUUUUGAGAAGGGAACAUAACUCUCGUAAAACUUUAUAAAACUAUUAAAAACAUUGUCAUUGUUUUCCCAGUUAGUUUUCCCAUACAAGGAAAGAUCUCUGCAACUGAAGGUAGGAUGGCUGCAUUUUGUAUUCACUUCAACAUGGUUGGAAUGCCUUGUGUAGAGGCCAGAGAAUGAUCACACACACACACACACACACAGGCUCUUUACACAACCGCUUCAGAGAUGAAUCUGAAUCUCAAUCUCAAUCUAAAUCUUACUCCUUUUCUUACUACUCUGUUGUCUCGAGGUGUUUUGUAUGUUAUUGUAGCUUGUUAUGUGUUUGUGAUCAGUUCAACCUUAUCAGGAGCCGUCAUCUAGGGUCGACUCGACAGGAAGAAAAGUGGGUCUUCCAGAGACCCAUUCAUUCACACAAUCUGUCCUUUCUCCUCCUCCUCCAGGACAGAAAUUACCAGGUAUUUAUUGGUAAUUACAUAGAAAUAACCUAUGUAUGUUUCUUUGAGAAAUAAUAAUGAACCCUAGAAGAAAUGCUCCUUCCCUGUCUGCAACCCUCCCCUUCCUCUCCCUAGCUGUGAAAAACAGAUCAACUGUCUUAACCUUGUGGCAGACUGUAGGCUACACUGUCUUAACCUUGUCUCAGACUGUAGGCUACACUGUCUUAACCUUGUCUCAGACUGUAGGCUACACUGUCUUAACCUUGUCUCAGACUGUAGGCUACACUGUCUUAACCUUGUCUCAGACUGUAGGCUACACUGUCUUAACCUUGUCUCAACCUUGUCUCAGACUGUAGGCUACACUGUCUUAACCUUGUCUUAACCUUGUCUUAACCUUGUCUCAGACUGUAGGCUACACUGUCUUAACCUUGUCUUAACCUUGUCUUAACCUUGUCUCAGACUGUAGGCUACACUGUCUUAACCUUGUCUUAACCUUGUCUCAGACUGUAGGCUACACUGUCUUGGUCUGCAUCCUGCUGCCUCUUUAAACACAGACCAUUCAGUGAGUUGGCAGUCUGCUCUUAAUCUGUGACAUCACUUUCCCAAACAUUCACCCGCUUGGAAGUUUGUCCAUAUAUGGAAGAGCGCUCCAGUGUCAUGUAGCUAUGAAAUAUUUGAGACCGACCAGGGCUACCCGGUGUAGGCUAUGCAGUUUAGAUUUCCCUGAGAGCAGGGCAGGGAGUUGAGCGAGGGAGAGGAGCGAGGCCUCCAUGCAGCGAAGAGUUUCAGUAUGUGGUUUUACCUUACAAGGUAGAUAGACUGUGCCAUGGAAGCCGCCCGGUGGCACAGUACGUCAAAUCAAAUGCCCUCUACCGUGAAAUGCUUGCUUACGAGCCCUUCCCAAUGAUGCAGUUUAAAAAAUAAAUAAAAUAGUAACACAAAUAAUUAAAUUAAAUACACAAGAAUGGAGCUACAUACACUAUAUAUACAACAGUAUGUGGACACCCCUUCAAAUUAGUGGAUUCGGCUAUUGUAGCCACACCCGUUGCUGACAGGUGUAUACAAUCGAGCACACAACCAUGCAAUCUCCAUAGACAAACAUUGGCAGUAGAAUGGCCUUACUGAAGAGCCCAGUGACUUGGUGUGGUGUAAAGCUCGCCGCCAUUGGACUCUGGAGCAGUGGAAACGUGUUCUCUGGAGUGAUGAAUCACGCUUCACCAUCUGGCAGUUCGACGGAUGAAUCUGGGUUUGGCGGAUGCCAGGAGAACGCUACCUGCCCGAAUGCAUAGUGCCAACUGUAAAGUUUGGUGGAGGAGGAAUAAUGGUCUGGGGCUGUUUUUUAUGGUUCAGGCUAGGCCCCUUAGUUCCAGUGAAGGGAAAUCUUAACGCUACAGCAUACAAUGACAUUCUAGACAAUUCUGUGCUCCCAACUUUGUGGCAGAAGUUUAGAGAAGGUCCUUUCCUGUUUCAGCAUGACAAUGCCCCCGUGCACAAAGCAAGGUCCAUACAGAAAUGGUUUGUCGAGAUUGGUGUGGAAGAACUUGACUGGCCUGCACAGAGCCCUGACCUCAACCCCAUCGAACAACCCCAUGGAACGCCGACUGCGAGCCAGGCCUAAUCGCCCAACAUCAGUGCCCGACCUCACUAAUGCACUGUAUAAUCCACGAUCAGCUGCUUGGUCUUACUGACGCUGAAGGAGAGGUUGUUGUCCCGGCACCACACUGCUAAGUCUCUAACCUCCUCCUUGUAGGCUGACUCAUCACCGUUGGUGAUCAGGCCUACCAUUCGUUGUGUCGUCAGCAAACGUAAUGAUGGUGACGGAGUUGUGCAUGGCCACGCAGUCGUUAGCGUGAACAGGGAGUACAGGAGGGGGCUAAGCACGCACCCCUGUGGGGCCCCCCCGUGUUGAGGGUCAGCGUGGCGGAGGUGUUGUUGCCUACCCUCACCAUUUGGGGCCGGCCUGUCAGGAAGUCCAGGAUCCAGUUGCAGAGGGAGGGGUUCAUUCCCAGGGUCCCUAGCUUGGUGAUGAGCUUUGAGGGGACUAUGGUGUUGAACGCUGAGCUGUAGUCUAUGAACAGCAUUCUAAAAUAUUAACAGCAACCAGGUUUCCAACCUUUUUAUGCAAGUAAAGUAGAUGUCUGAUAAAAAAAAAGAAGUAAUGACAGGCCUGAUGGAAACAGCAUAUUUGUCUGUAAACUUUCCAAAUGUAGACAAGGUGGGAUCUUUUUGUGUCUGUAAAGUUAAUUAUGCCAGAAAUGGUGGAAAUGCUUUUUAUGUUCAAAUAUUGAUAUAAUAACCAUCAUAUCUAAGUAAAGUUUGAGUCACGUGAUGUCAUGUUGUGCGGUCCUCCCGCUAUGACUCGCGAAAGCAUGCAGUUCGUUAGGCUACAGAUUAAAUACAUAUUGUGGUGAAAGUGCACGGUGAUUAGUUUGAUGUUACUUUACCAUAAAUAUCAAGGGUCUUGUUCUGGUGUGACAUGAUGAUCAAUGCUUGGCUGCCAUUUUGACAAAUAAAACUGAUCUCGCUCUUUUUGUCCAUAAUAAUCUCGUCAUGUAGGUGAUAUACCCGGACUGUAUCUGCGAGCUGUUGGCUAGAGGCCAGGUGCCAAUAUCAGAGUGGGCACAAUGGCUACACAACACAAACAUUAUUUGUGACAAAAACAAUCAGCAAAGGUGAAAAUAAGGUGGAAACUUAUUUAACUCAUAUUUUUUUAUUUGGUACGUUGGGAAUUUUAAUCACAGAAGUUGUUUUUAUGUGCACUAUGUCAUCACACAUAUCCUUUUAUUAAACAAGUCAAUUUGAUGGAAAAACAUCUCUGGUGGGAAAAUGCGCAAAUUGGUUUUUAAUGCAGAUUUUAGAAUAUUCGCAUAAAAAUCUGUCACCAAUUGGAUGGAAACCUAGCUACUAAAAUACUCAUUGGAAUUGUCCUGAAAUUGCUUCAGCCAUUUGGAGUGCGUAAAUACAUGGGGAAUUGUUGGCUUGUUUAUUUCCAAUUAAUGAACAAUUAAACAUGUUACAGACUCCAUGUCUGGCACAUAAAGAUUAUUAUUUAGCCAUCAGUGUUAAAUAAGUCACUGUAGGCUUUAACCUCAGUCAUUGCUGCUCCAUGGACAUCUAUCAACAAGUUGCCUAGAUCAAUUCCCUAAUGUUUUUGUCACUCAUAUUACAUUAGACAUGCCAAAAUGUAUAGAAUCGGGAUGUUCCUGAAUGCUGGGGGGGGGGGUUUGGGAACCCCUGCCUAGAUGGCGCGUGUUUGUCUGUCUGUCAACAAGUUGCCUGUCCGUCUGUCAACAAGUUGCCUGUCCGUCUAUCUUUCUGAUAGAUGACGGGAAGGAUGGGUGUGGUCUCCUCUUCCAGGUGGAAUAUAGCCUCCAGCUACCAGUAG